AUGGAGUCCAUCGCCCAGAUUCCGGAAUCAAGUCAGAGCCAGAAGGGUCCCCAACACCGGCAGACGUUCGCUGACUACCUACGAAAGACAAAGCCGGAGAAGAGGCGCUGGACGAAGCGGCAAGGUGAUGCUGGACUGGCACAGACAGAGACCAAGAGCGAGACAGAGCAAGAAGAGAAGGAUCGACGAGAAGAUCACACCCACGCCGAUCAGCGAGUCCACGCAGUCAAAACUUUGCUCGAUCUGCAGUCAAAACAGCUGUCAAAAUUGGCCGCCUGUCACAAUCGUGCAAUACAAACAGAAGCCAACCAGCGGCUGGCCCGUGAAAAGAUGUGGAAAGAGCUGUUGCAGCCGACGGAAGCAAUCCUCAUGGACUUCCAGAGGGAGCUGACCUUGAUACGAUAG